ACACACAGACACUUAUUCUCUCUCGCUACAUAACCGAGGAGCCAAAACAUUUUUUAUAUACAUCACACCGCAUAAAUAAUUUAUUUCAAAAAAAAAAAGUUAACCCUCUACACAGUACUUCACCUCUCUAUCCAACAUUUUUAUCCACUGGGAGACUGCAAGAAACCCCACUAUUUCUUUCACAAAGCCUCUCUCUCUUUAUUCUCUCUGAAUUUUUCUCUCUGAAACACCCAAAGUUACUAUCUUUUAUCCUUCAAUGGCGAUUUUGUUAGAUAAUUGUGAAGGAAUUUUACUGUCACUUGACUCACAUAAAUCAGUACCAGCGCCAUUUCUCACCAAAACGUACCAACUUGUUGAUGAUCCCACUACUGACCACAUAGUCUCUUGGGGUGAAGAUGACACUACCUUCGUCGUUUGGCGUCCGCCUGAGUUCGCUCGUGAUCUUCUACCUAACUACUUCAAGCACAACAAUUUCUCUAGUUUUGUCAGACAGCUUAACACUUAUGGUUUUAGAAAGAUUGUGCCGGACAGAUGGGAGUUUGCGAAUGAGUUCUUCAAGAAAGGAGAAAAGCACUUACUGUGUGAGAUCCAUAGAAGAAAAACUGCUCAGCCGCAAGUUGCUAUAAAUCAUCACCAGCAAACACAUUCUCCACUGAUGAAUGCUCCGAGUCUCUUUCCUUUCCCAAGCCGAGUCAGUAUCUCACCAUCUGACUCAGAUGAGCAAGCCAACUGGUGUGACUCACCACCGCUUGCUUCGCCAAGUGGAGGCACUGGAGUUUCAAUAAUUGGCGGGGGUAGUGGCUAUAGUAGCUCAGUUAUAGCCUUGUCUGAGGAUAAUGAAAGACUGAGAAGAAGUAAUAAUAUGCUAAUGUCUGAGCUCGCACACAUGAGAAAGCUUUACAAUGACAUUAUCUACUUUGUGCAAAACCAUGUGAAGCCAGUUACUCCUAGUAAUAUUUACCCUUCUUCUUUACUUGUUUGCAACACACCAUCAGCUACUCCUAUUGCUACUAAUGCUACACUAGUGCAAAAGCCAUUAAACCAACUUCUUGGGUAUUAUCCUACUAACCCUAAACAAGGUCCUCAGUCUCAUGUUUUGAACUCUCUUAGUACUACAUCACAAAGUUCUUUGACCUUUCUUGAAGAACCCAACAACCACAGCUGUAAAAUGAAGCUGUUUGGUGUACAUCUACAAUCCAGGAAAAGAUUGCACACUGAGUGUGCUUCUAAUCCAGGAAAUAUGGAGACCAACAAGGCUCGUCUGGUUUUAGAAAAGGAUGAUUUAGGGUUGAAUCUCAUGCCUCCUUCCACAUGUUAGUUUCUUUAAAUCCAUUAAAGAAUAUUGUUAGUAGCUGCUUCUUCUUCUUCUUUUUUGGGUUCAUUUUGCUAGUAUGAGUUGUCUUUGUUCUCCUCUUCUUGAGUCUGAAUAUCUGAUGAUAGUGUUGAUGAAACAUGUGUGUGCGUGCGCGUGGGUGUUUGUGACUAUGUAUAUAACUUUAUGUCGGUAUUAUCUUUGUUCCCCGCAGCCAUGAAUGCAAGUGGGUUUUGGUUAGAGUGAAGAUCAAAAGCAAAUUUAUAGAUUAAUUCACCAACACCAUCUUACUCUUUCUGAUGAGCUAUAUAUUUCAUUGGUGCAAUUUAUUGCUAUUGUUCA